GUGCAAGAAAAGAGUCUAGGCUGACUACUUCUUUAAUCAAUGAUGAAAAUAACAAAUUUAAUUUGUUAAAUCACCAAUAUGUAAGACAAAAUACUCUUUAUGAAAUUAAGAUCAAGUCACUCUAUUUGAAACAUUGCUUAAUAAACAUUGGAGUUAUGAAAACUUUCAGUGUUGAAAUAAUAACUGACAUAUGUGAAACAUCAAAAUCUAACAACUGUGACAGUGACAAUGAAAACAGCAAUAACAACAUUCAUUUUUUAAUAUUAUCAACGAUUGAUGUUUAUGGAAAAAAAGAAGUAUGA